AUGCCAGACUCAGUAUCCGACCCACAGAUCCCUCCUCAAGACAAUCAAACUGAGGCUACAUCCCCUACAGAUGGUUCAUCAUCACCCAAGAAACCCCGAGCGAGACUGGGCCCAACCGAGAUAGUCCACCUUCCAGCUUCCGACUCCGAGCCUGAAGACGAUGAAGAACCACCGCGUAUACCUGGCGAAGCGAAGGAGAUAGGUGAUGAUGGUGAUUUCCUGAAAGAUUAUCCGGAAGAUACAGAGGAUCUGCAAUUACAACAUCUCCGUCUCAAAUCUAACUCUUUACCUCCAUUGAACAUCCCCAGAUUCUCAAAGUAUCUCAAAAGAUUAUGUCUCAGACAGAAUGAAAUUACGUCGCCUUUACCGUCCGGUGUCUUUGAGGGUCUGACCGAGUUGGAGGAACUGGAUUUGUAUGAUAAUAGAUUAGGAAGUAGGGUCGAGGACGAAGAAUUGAAGGGAUGUGGGAACUUGACUUCACUAGAUCUAUCAUUCAACAAUCUCCGACACCCCCCUUCCUUGCAUUCAUUAACUAAACUCAACGUCCUAUACCUCGUACAAAACAAAAUAUCUCACAUUGAGCCUGGCGAAUUGGAUUGGUGUCAGGAUACAAUCACGUCGAUAGAACUGGGUGGGAACAGGAUAAGGUCCAUCGAGAAUCUGGAUAAUUUGAGGAAAUUGGAGGAACUGUGGUUGGGUAAAAAUAAGAUCAGGGCGUUGGAGAACCUCUCGACUUUCUCUUCACUCCGAAUCUUAUCGCUCCAGUCAAAUAGGAUAACCAAGAUGGAGAAUCUGGACGCGUUGGUGAAUCUGGAAGAACUGUAUCUAUCACAUAAUGGUCUAACCAAGAUCGAAGGGUUAGAGAAGAACACCAAAUUGAAAACCCUUGAUAUAGGCAACAAUAUGAUCGAGGAGAUUGAAGGUAUUUCACAUCUCAGUGAAUUAGAGGAAUUCUGGGCAAGUUACAACAAGAUCCCCAAUCUCCAAUCGUUAGAUAACCAACUUCGACCCCUUCCGAACCUCGAGACCGUUUAUCUAGAAGGUAAUCCAUGUCAAUUGAACGAUAUGGCAGGUUAUAGACGGAAAAUUAUCUUGGCAUUGCCUCAGAUCAAACAGAUCGAUGCUACGUGA